AUGGCGAUCAAGCACAACCAGACGAUCAUCAGCAACCAUUUCCGCAAGGAUUGGCAGCGACGGGUUCGCACCCACUUUGACCAGCCCGGCCGCAAGACACGGAGACGCACUGCUCGUCAGGCCAAGGCCGCUGCCCUCGCCCCUCGUCCCGUCGACAAGCUGCGCCCUGUCGUCCGAUGCCCUACCGUUAAGUACAACCGACGGGUUCGUGCCGGUCGAGGUUUCACCCUCACCGAGCUCAAGGAGGCCGGCAUCUCCAAGUCCCUGGCUCCCACCAUCGGCAUCUCCGUCGAUUUCCGCCGACAGAACCUGAGCGAGGAGAGCCUUGCCGCCAACGUUGCCCGCCUCAAGGCCUACAAGGAGCGCCUCAUCCUCCUGCCCCGCAAGUCCAACGCCCCCAAGAAGGGUGACACCAAGACCGACGUCGCCUCUCUCGACAAGGCCGCCUCCAUCGCCGCUGCCCUGCCCAUCGCCCACGUCUCUGCUGGCUUCACCGAGAUCAAGAAGAGCGAGAUCCCCGCCGCUAUCGAGGGUGGUGCCUACACCAAGCUUCGCAUUGCCCGAAGCAACGCCAGAUACCAGGGUGCCCGCGAGAAGCGUGCUCGGGACAAGGCCGAGGCCGAGACUGCCAAGAAAUAA